ACCAAAAAAAAAACCCCUCCCAAAAAAAACAACGCAAAAAAAAGGGUAGUCUGAUUCUUCCUUCGGCGUGGGUUAAUCUCCUUUUUGUAUUUAAACAGUAACUCUUUGUGGGUAUAAUUGUGUGGAACAAUUCCAGCUGCUUUUUUCAUUGUAUUUUCUCUAACAUACAUUCAUGUUUUGAAUUCAUGCAUCAGUCAACUACCCUCCGAAAUUAUCCUCCGAAAGUAUAAAUUUCCCGAGAAAAACAUUCUGGAGCUUUUGAUGUUAUGAGCCGAAAAUCUGUGGGUUUUCGCUUUUUGAGCAGUGUCAAGCUUAUGAAUUAUCACUGCAAUCAGUAAUACGUAUCUCGUGUCUUAUUCUGUGGAAUCUAUAUAACCAUAUACUGUUACCAAUACAAUCUCUGUAUGGCUCAGUGUGCUUUUACGUUACAUUCCUGUUGUUGUAAACCAGCUUACCCUUUGGUUGAAGGACCUCAUUCUGGAACUACCAACAAAAUUUCAUGCUUUACAAAUCCAUACCCAAUUUCCCUUGGUUUAAAAAACGUCAGAACGGGUUUCCGAGGAAGGAAUUUAAUGGUUUCUCACACAAGCUUAUCAAUGCCAAAGGCAGUAGUAGCAGAUUUGGAAAACACUGAAAGCACAGCAAAUUCUUUUGAGGAAACUACUCACAUGAAUACAGUGCUUGAAGAGCUUGAGCUCUCUGAGUUGACUGCAGUAUCACCUUUAGAUGGGCGAUAUGCCAGUAAAGUUAAGGAGCUACGAUCCAUUUUUAGUGAAUAUGGUCUUAUUCGGUAUCGUGUUUUUGUUGAGGUUCAGUGGUUGCUGAAACUAAUGCAGAUUCCUGGAAUCACUGAAGUUCCAAACUUCAGCAAAGAAACCAGAUCAUAUUUGGAAGAUAUUGUGAAGAAUUUCAACAUUGAGGAUGCCCUUGAAGUGAAAAGAGUGGAGAAUGUGACAAACCAUGAUGUCAAGGCAGUUGAGUAUGUUUUGAAAAAGAGAUGUCAGACUCAUCCAGAUCUAGCCAAGGUACUGGAAUUUAUCCACUUCUCUUGCACGUCGGAGGAUAUAAAUAAUUUAGCUCAUGCCUUGAUGUUGCGGGAUGGUCUUGAUCUAGUAAUACUUCCUAAAAUGGAUGAGUUAAUUCAAGCUAUGCACAAUUUGGCAAACAAAUAUGCACACAAGCCAAUGUUAUCUCGGACACAUGGCCAGACAGCUUCACCAACUACUCUAGGAAAGGAGAUGGCAGUCUUUUGCUUCAGAUUACGUGAGCAGCGGCAAGAAGUCUCUAGAGUGAGAUUACUAGGAAAAAUGGCUGGUGCUGUUGGGAACUACAAUGCUCAUCUUGUAGCAUACCCAGACAUUAAUUGGCACAAUGUUGCUGAGGAUUUUGUGACUUCUCUUGGAAUAAGCUUCAAUCCAUUGGUAACACAGAUUGAACCUCAUGAUUAUAUUGCAAGGCUUUGCAAUGCAAUUGUGCUGUUUAACAACAUUUUAAUUGAUUUUGAUAGAGAUGUAUGGGGUUACAUAUCCUUGGGUUACUUCAGACAGCAAGUGAAAGCUGGUGAGAUAGGAUCUUCAACCAUGCCUCAUAAGGUCAAUCCAAUUGACUUUGAGAACAGUGAGGGUAAUCUUGGACUAGCUAAUGAAAUCUCAGGUCACCUCAGCUCAAAGCUUCCUAUUUCACGCUGGCAGCGUGACUUGACUGACUCAACCGUUCUCCGCAAUCUUGGUGUAGCGUUGGGAUAUUCUCUUCUUGCAUACAAAAGCACACUGAAAGGGAUUAGUAAACUAGAGGUUAACGAACUCAUUAUAAAUAGAGAUUUGGAUCAAGCUUGGGAGGUUCUUGCAGAGCCUAUUCAAACAGUUAUGCGCAAACAUGGAAUUCCGGAGCCUUAUGAAAAAUUGAAGGAAUUUACUCGUGGACGUGCAGUAACAAGGGAAAGCAUCCAGGAGUUUGUGCAAAGUUUAGAGUUGCCAAAAGAAAUCAAAGGCAGGCUCUUACAAUUGACUCCACAAAGCUACAUUGGAGAUGCAGAGUCACUAGCAAAAUUUGUUUGAGAGUUGCAUACAUCAAGUACCUAAUCUUUAAGGAAGUAGAUGAUUUGUUUGUGAUGUCUCCUACUAGGUUUAGGCCUGUUUUAACCAUAAUUAAUCGAUCUCAACAUACUUAUGAUUUAAAUAAGUUGAUUAGGAGACAAAACUAUCUUAACAUGAAUUUAUUUUAUAUUCUUAUGUCUUUUAUUGAAUUUAGAUUUUAUUGUUGAUGA